UGAUCCAGUCACGAUACUUGUUGGAGAGAAAUCUUCCUUUUCAGAAUUCAGUUCCCACCACAACAGUGUACAGCUAUGACUUCAAUUGGAGGCUUCACAGGACUUUGGAUAGUUGCGCUGCUGACUCUUCAUGGUGCAAAUUUGGGAGAGACCCAGAGAUACUCUCUCAAUGAGCCUGAUGUCCCUUUUCCGCCCGCCCGUCCCACAGCUCAAAACCUCGCUGCCAUUUGCCAUCAGGGUCAGGGUCGACCCAGGUACCUGGCCAGCUUCUUCCCAGCCUCCGGUGCUAGUCACUUCCGCCGUCGUGGAAACGCCAUCAACCGCCUUGAGUCAUGGUACAGUUUGUGCUGCAGUGGACAAGUGGCACAGCAGAGCCACCAGAUCCUCUGCUGCGCCCAACAAGCUUGGAAACAAGCUCUGUCUCAGUUCUGUGAUGAAGAAUAUGCCACCAUGACUGUCUCAUAUGAGUGCUGCAAGCACAACGGAGAUGCACGGUGGACGUGCUUCGACAGCGAGCUGCCAAACCCAAACUACAACCCAACACCAGGCUACACUGCACCCCAAAUCCCCAUGGAGCCGGGAUUCACCUUCAGCCCAAAUUCUUGCUAAAGGUGGAAGAAGAACUCAGUGUCUUUGUCUCAGGUGCUCAGAAGAAGACAGGGCAUAGUGGUUUGGUUUACGCUGUGUAAGGACAAUAAAAGCACAAUACAGUUUUUCUUUUGUCAGCUCUAUAUUUUAACCCAGCUUUGUCACGACAACAGGAAACACAUUAAUUAUUACUUGCCUUUCCAAAUGACCAAUUCAAUAAUUUCUGACAUGUAGUAUUCUUUGUUAGAAAAAUAAUGCCUAAUAUAAAGACAUACAAGUUUUCAUAUGCUUCUCACAUUGUCACUGAACAAGUUAUGGACUUGACAUAACUUUGGAGAAACAUCAGGUCGGCAGCUUCAAAGAAAACCAAAAUUGUGGAGUUUUGAAACAAGUUGUCAUAUUUUUUUCCAUUCCUGCAUUUAUGUAAUUAAAACCCACAUCUAAUAAAACAAGUUUCCACAAUGGGUCACUGUUGCAUAUAAUAGUUGGGUGUGUGACAUUUAAAGAUCGAUAAUUAUUAAGAAAAGUUCGAGAGAGCUGUCCACCCGGAAUGGUAAUGUGUAGUAAAAGUGACAAAUAAAGACCUUAAGACAUCCCAAAA